AUGGGGGCGCAACUAUCAUUGCUGGUCCAGACAUCGCCUUCCAUAGCUAUUUUUUCAUAUAUCGAUGUUUUAGAGGAGGUACAUUAUGUUUCUCAAUUAAACUCAUCAAGAUUCUUGAAAACAUGCAAAGCACUAGACCCCAACGGCGAAAUAGUUAUCAAAGUAUUCAUCAAGCCUACAGAUCAGUAUAGCCUACGUCCCUUUCUCAACCGGAUAAAAGCUCAAUCUUUUGAGUUAGGACAACUACCACAUGUUUUAAACUAUAGUAAGUUGAUCGAGACAAAUAGAGCCGGGUACAUGAUACGGCAACAUCUCAAAAAUAAUUUGUAUGAUAGACUAAGCUUAAGGCCAUAUUUGCAAGACAUUGAGCUAAAGUUCAUCGCUUUCCAAUUACUAAACUCACUAAGGGAUAUCCAUAAUUUGAAUAUUGUCCAUGGUGAUAUAAAGACGGAGAACAUACUAGUGACAAGUUGGAAUUGGUGUAUAUUGACAGAUUUUGCUGCCUUUAUCAAACCUGUGUACUUACCUGAAGAUAAUCCGGGUGAAUUCUUAUUUUAUUUCGACACUUCAAAGAGAAGAACUUGUUACUUAGCACCAGAAAGAUUCAACUCCGCACUUUACCACGAUGGGAAUUCCAAGGACGGGAAGCUAACUAAGGAAAUGGAUAUAUUCAGUCUUGGAUGCGUUAUUGCAGAAAUAUUUGCUGAAGGUAGGCCGAUUUUCAAUUUAUCGCAGUUAUUCAAAUACAAAAGUAAUUCGUAUGAUGUUAACAAGGAAUUUCUUAAGGAGGAAAUGAAAUCCCCUGAUUUAAGAAAUAUGAUUAUAGACAUGAUUCAACUAGAUCCAUCUAAGAGACUGUCGUGUGAUGGAUUACUAAGUAAAUAUCGUGGCAGUUUGUUUCCAGACUAUUUCUACACUUUCACUUAUGAUUAUUUUAGGAAUCUAGUUACAAUGACAACAAGUACACCAAUUUCGGAUAGUACUUGUACUAAUAGCACUCUAGAAGAUAACCUAAAUCAUCUUGACAAAACUACGGAGAAAAUAUACAGAGACUUUCCCCAAAUUUGUCAUUGUUUAGGUUUUCCUCUAAUCAAAAAGGGGGAUGAAACAAAAUCAGACCCAUUGAUAUCAUCAUCUUAUAGAACAGAUAAAGAAGAUAGCUGCUUUCUUAACAGGAAUCUCUAUUUCCCCGGAAAUCAUCAUUUAAUUUUACAGAAAUUUAAUCAAGUAUCGGAAAGGGCAAAAUCAGUUAAAGAGGAAUGUGCUUUACUUUUUAUCUCUUAUCUAUCUCACAGUUUGAGGAAUAUUGUUUCAACCACUACAAAACUAAAAAAUCUAGAAUUGCUAGCGGUGUUUGCACACUUUGUCUCCGAUGAAAAUAAAAUCGACCGAGUUGUACCUUAUCUCGUAUGCUGUUUUGAAGAUAGCGACCAGGAUGUACAGGCCCUAUCUUUACUAACAUUUAUCCAAGUACUGUCGUCUGUGCGAACAUUGAAUCAACUCAACGAAAAUAUAUUCGUAGAUUACUUACUCCCAAGACUGAAAAGAUUACUCACUACUAAUAGACAGAAUAAUAAUUAUUUGAGGAUUGUUUUUGCUAAUUCCUUAAGCGACUUAGCAAUAAUCAUCAAUAAAUUUCAAGUUUUUACUUUCGCCCAGCAUUUUAAUGAUAGCUCAACGGAUAGUAAUAUGGAGAUCAUGGAAAGUGCUAGUAAGUACUCAGCAAAAUUGAUUCAAAGUGUUGAAGACUUAACUGUACUUUUUUUAACAGAUAAUGACACACAUGUGAAAAUGGCCCUCUUACAAAAUAUUCUACCCCUUUGUAAAUUUUUUGGCAGAGAGAGGACAAAUGACAUUAUAUUAAGCCAUCUAAUAACCUACCUUAAUGAUAAGGAUCCAGCUCUACGAGUUUCUUUAAUUCAAACAAUAUCUGGAAUAUCAAUUCUUUUGGGCACCGUGACAUUAGAGCAGUAUAUUUUACCAUUAUUGAUUCAAACAAUUACAGACUCAGAAGACCUGGUAGUGAUAAGUGUUUUGCAGAGUUUAAAAUCUCUAUUCAGAACCGGAUUAAUUCGAAAAAAAUUCUAUGUCGAUAUAUCAAAAACAAUAUCUCCUUUGUUAUUGCAUCCUGAUCAUUGGAUAAGGCAAUUUACGUUAAUGAUAAUCGUAGAAAUUAUAAACAAACGAUCAAAGGCCGAGGUUUACUGCAUUUUAUAUCCGAUAAUAAGACCCUUUUUUGAGUUUGAUGUCGAGUUUACUUUUGAAUCAAUGAUAACCCGUUGUAAGCAACCAGUGUCAAGAUCUGUUUACAAUUUACUGUGUAGUUGGUCUGUUAGAGCCUCAAAAUCUUUAUUUUGGAAAAAAAUUCCAACAAAUCAUGUUGAUUCCUUCGGAAAUAAUAAAAUCGAAUUUAUAACAAAAGAUUACUCAAGCAAAAACUAUGGAUUUAACAAAAAAAAUAUGAAAUUGAACUCUUCCCCGAAAGGGACCAAAUCAUCAUCCGCUGUUUAUUCCCAUGAUAACAAGGAAAUUCCGUUAACUGCUGAGGACAGAAAUUGGAUUGACAAAUUUCGUGUUAUAGGGCUGACAGAGAAGGACAUCUGGAAAAUUGUGGCUCUAAGAGGUUAUGUAAUAAGAACAGCGAGAGUUAUGGCCACUAACCCUGAUUUUCCAUAUGGCAACAGCCGUCACCAUCCGUUGAUAGAGAACUCACCACCUAAUUUGAAUCUCACGAACGUCAUGCCGAGAAAUAUUUUUUUUGAUGUUGAGUUUGCUGAACAAUCGGUAAGUGAGACUCAAUAUCCUCAUGCAGAGAACCAGCAAGUGUAUAGAAGUGACGAGAGUGAGCAAAACAGUAAUAAGCCAAGUAUAAAUGGUUCCAAGCAGUUAUCCACCGUUAUGGAUAUAAAUGGAUCAUUAAUGUUCAAAAAUAAGUCUAUUGCCACAACCACUUCAAAUUUAAAGAAUGUGUUUGUUCAGUUAGAACCAACUUCCUACCACAAAUACUCACCAAAUCAUGGAAUGAAAGACAAUGUAGAUGUCAAGCCCGAAAGGAAGGUAAUUGUCAGCAACAGUUAUGAAGGAGACGUUGAGACAAUAGAAAGGUUUUUAUCCACUUUUAGAAUAUUACCUCCCUUAAGAGAAUAUAAAGAGUUUGGGCCUAUUGUGGAGGAUUUGCAGAGUCCAGAUAUGUCCAAAUUAAGGGGCAAGCUAAUAGCUACCUUGAUGGAGAACGAGCCCAAUUCUAUCACAGCUGCUAUUGUUUCCUCCGGAGAGGCACCGUAUUUAGUAACAGGAUCGGAUCAGGGCGUGAUAAAAAUAUGGAAUAUGAAAGAAAUUACCUUGGGCGAGGUUUACUCAUCUUCCUUGACCUACGAUUUCUCCUCUACUAUAACUCAAGUGACUAUGAUUCCUCAGUUUGACGCAUUUGCGGUUUCUAGUAAAGAUGGGCAAAUCAUCAUAUUAAAGGUUAAUCACCGUCAACAAGAAAAUGAGACCAAAUUUUUGAACUGCGAAUGCAUCAGAAAGCUCAAUUUAAAGAGCUCGGGAAGGAACGAAUAUGCGACGAGAAUAAGAGCAUUUGUGAAUGAUGAGAAAUCUCUAUUAGUGGUUUUAACAAAUUUGUCAAGAGUAAUUAUAUUUGACAUUAAAACUUUCGAUAGAUUACAAAUCAUUGAGAAUUCUCCAAAACAUGGUGCAAUUUCUAGCAUUUGCAUCGAUGAAAACUGCUGCGCCCUAAUUCUGGGGACAACAAGAGGUAUUAUUGACAUAUGGGAUAUUCGCUUCAAUGUGAUGAUAAAAAGCUGGGCUUUUGGGGAUCAUACGCCUAUCACCCAUAUGGAGCCUUGUGCGUUUUACGGGAAGAACUCCAUAAUUGUUGUAGGUGGUAGUUCAAAAACAUUCUUGACAAUAUGGAACUUUGUUAAAGGGCACUGUCAAAAUGCAUUCAUAAAUUCUGAUGAGCAGCCAUCUAUGGAACACUUCUUACCAAUUGAGAAGGGUUUGGAUGAACUAGGAUUUUGUGGAGUCAGGUCAUUACAUGUAUUGAGCACAAUCUCAGUAUCAAAUGAUAAAAUAUUUGUUACUGAUGAAGCAACUAGUUCCAUUAUAAUGUUUGAUUUAAAGAAACUGUCUUCUUCUAAAGCAGUAAUUAGCUCUUCAACAUUUAAUGAUGUUUUUAUUCCAACUCAGGUUACGGCCAACCUCACUAUACUAUUGAGGAAAAUGAAACAUUUCAGUAAUCAUCCAAGCGACAAUUCAUUGUAUCACCAUGAUAUUAUAAAUACUAUAUCUACAAGCCAAAUUAAUCAAGCACCUUUGCUGGUGGUCUGUGAUAACUCUGGGCUUAUUGGAGUUAUUCAGUAA